AUGGCGCCACCUCUAUCAUUAGAUAUUUGGUGUCUUAUUUUAAAAAAUUUUAAAAAUGAUAGACUAACUUUACAUUCUUGUGCUUUGGUAAAUCGCGUUUUGGUAACUCACGCUGUGAUGUUAUUAUGGUCGGACCCUUUUGACGAAAAUUUAAGCACGCGACAAGUUAUCGCUCUUGUCAAUACUUUGGUGAGUUGUCUCCCAAAUGUAUCGAAACCGCAUCUUAUCCGUUACGGAAUUAUUUUGCCAACUACUCCCCAACCACAUUUCAAUUACCCGUCCUUUAUUAAAGUACUCAAGUUGGACCAGUUGAGUCGAGGUAUAGCACGUUGGAUAACAAGAUAUGCGACUGUCGAAGUUAAUGCACCGUUUCCUGGUGAUCCAUUGAUAGUAUUUUGUACUCAUUUGUCAGCUGAAAUUCUUCGAGUAAUUUUCGUCAACUGCUUUCUAAAUAAAAUCGCGAUCAAAGAUUCUCCGUGGAUCAGUGUUCUUCAAGAUAUAACACCGUGGGCUUAUGUUCGAUGUGUUCAACGGAUCAGUGAACUUCAUAUCGCACGAGUGGAUUAUAAUUCACGUAUAACAAAUAUAAUUGAUCUACAUAAUCUUUCGUAUCUUAUAAAGAUUUGGGCGUCACGCUGUCAUGAAAUAAGAUCUUUAUAUAUUCGUGUGGGUGAAGAGUCACAACUAUUUCAUGAUUUUUUACCAAAAUUAGUAAAAGCUCAGGAUCAACUUAUUAGAGUUCACUUUUCUACCGGAAAUAAUGCACUGCUAAUCGAUAAACUCUUGACCGCCCUUCAAGAUAAUACUUCUUUGGAAGAGAUGGAAAUAUUUCACACGAACCUCACCAACACCUUCUUUAGUACUUUAUCCACUUGCAAAAUGUUAAAAAAACUUAUGCUUAUUGGUUGUAAACAACACGAUCAACCGUUUAAUAAGAAACUGAAUUCCCUACCAAUUAUACAAAUUUUUUGCAAAAACAACGUUAUUCAUCCUGAAAAUCUACAUUUAGUUUUUUCCGCCGCGAGCUCUACGUUGACUACUUUAAUAUUGGACACUGCACCAUUAGAUAUAUUAUCAACAUUAUCUCCACGUUGUCGUCAACUUCGUCAUCUUGUUUUAGGAAUCAAUUCAGAACCUUAUGAUUCACUUGAAUUAUUGCAAGAUCUCCAAAAUUUAGAAUAUUUAGCAUUUUGUCAUGUAUCAAAGAGAUUUGUUUCAUCUUAUCACGAAGACUUUUAUGCACGAUUAGGGCCAUCGCUUCCGAUAUUCUUGCAACAUUUACAUACCGAAUACGUGGCCACCCCGGAUGACGUCAGGAUAUUUCUCAAUGGAUGUAUUGCUCCAAUUGCGAUACUUGGAUUAAAUCAACCAUGUGGAAUUAGUAGAUUUCAUCUAGUAGCUGCAUGUGAAUUUGUUCGAAGAAAAAAAUUUCCAUUAAAAAAAUUACAAUACGACGGAAGUAACAAAGAUUACAUUGUAAAAAGUUCUAAUUUGCCAUCAGCAUUGCUGGAUUUUCUUAAAGAAUUUUUGAAAUUUGAGGUUGAGGCAUUACAUCACCCUUUCGAUGCUGAUCGUUGGCCUUAUCCAAGGUAA